GCUGUGAAGAGCUGUCAAAAACAUCGGAGAUACAGAUAAUGAACGAGAACGAAAGAAAGAAAAAGCAGAAGAAAACAAAAGUUACUGACUAUAACAUUGCACGUGUUUGCUCAGUGAAAUACAUUAUUCGUAUCUCUCGGUGUUAAAAAUGCAUUUAGAUAAUAUAGCUUAUUACUUUAUUUGUAUAAUUUAAAUAAACACGAUGUCGUAAACAAACUACGGAGUUAAUGCGUAUUAAUGCGUGACAUUUCGCGAGUUUUUGUACACGAGUUUUAAUUUCAUGUACAAACUCUAAACAUGGAUUCAAAAUACUCUUCCAUGGGUAUAGAAAAUGGAGUAAAAACAAAUGGACUCAAAAGAAAAAAUGGUGUUGAACACAUAAAAGUGAAGAAGAUAAAGUUAGCAAAUGAAGGAACAGUAGCAAAUAAUAUUAAAGUAGAAACGAAUGGACAUAACAAUAAUAAUGUGAAGGAAAAUAAGAUUGUUAAUGAAACACCACAAGACUUGCAAGAAGCACGGAGACAACUGCCCGUGUAUAUGGUCAGGAACAGGCUGCUUGAAGAGAUAAAGAAACAUGAUACAAUGAUAGUGAUUGGUGAAACGGGCAGUGGUAAAACAACACAGAUCCCGCAGUUGAUACAUGAGCAGCGCCUUGAAGGCGCCGGGGCUAUAGCAGUGACCCAGCCUCGUAGGGUAGCCGCAAUCACUAUAGCUCUUAGAGUUGCAGCAGAAAUGAAUACUGAGAUAGGAUCCAUUGUUGGGUACUCAGUAAGAUUUGAAGAUGUGACUAGUCCAAGAACUAAAGUGAAGUAUAUGACAGAUGGUAUGUUGUUAAGAGAGGCGAUAUUGGAUCCCUUGUUGAAGAAGUACUCUGUAGUGGUUCUGGACGAAGCCCACGAGCGCACAGUCAGCACUGAUGUGUUAUUUGGUAUCGUGAAACUAGCACAAAAAGAGAGAAGUGAAAAGAAAUUAAAUCCUCUAAAGGUAAUAGUCAUGUCUGCAACAAUGGAUGUUGAUUCUUUCAAAAAGUACUUCAACAACUGUCCUGUAAUAUAUUUAGAAGGUAGAACAUACCCAGUCACCAUUUAUCACUCAAAGAUGAAACAAGAGGACUAUCAGUUUGCUGCUGUGUGUACCAUAUUUCAACUUCAUGCCACUGCACCUGCAAACCAUGAUUUUCUCGUCUUUCUAACGGGACAAGAAGAAAUUGAAACAGUCAUGUACAACAUUAAGCAAAUAGCUAAGGAAGCGCCAGGUCCCCCUAUUAGAGUAUGUCCGCUGUACGCGGGGCUCCCGCCGGCCAAGCAGCUGCAGGUGUGGCGGGACGCGCCGCCCGGGACCAGGAAGAUCAUACUGGCUACCAACAUAGCGGAGGCGUCUGUCACCAUACCACGUAUCCAGUGCGUCAUCGAUACUGGAGUUGUAAAAGAAAGAACAUGGUCUGGCGGCACGGGCGCGGAGCGGUUGUCAGUGCGCGCCACGUCGCAGGCGGCGGGCUGGCAGCGCGCCGGCCGCGCCGGACGGACGCAGGCCGGCACCGCAUACAGGCUCUAUACUGCCGCCGAGUUCCGGGCUAGACCUAUGCAUCAGACGCCGGAGAUACUAAGGUGUCCACUAGCAUCGACUAUGUUGCUUCUUAUAGCGGCAGGAGUCGAACCCAGCACGUUUCCUUUGAUUGACACGCCACCGCCGGAUUCUGUUAAAGCUUCACUGAGUUUACUGAAAGAAUUAGGUGCCAUUGACAGUGAGGUGAAUCCUAAACUGACAGUAAUUGGGAAAAAGAUGUCGACUUUCCCAAUUGAACCAAAAUAUUCCAAAGUUCUGCUAUGCGCACCAGAGUACAAUUGUUUGGAUGAGGCUCUCAGUUUAAUAGCAGUGUUAUCAAGUGAAAACGUGUUCCAUACACCCAUGCACAAGAGGGAAGAAGCUAUAAAAGUGAAACAAAAGUUCUUAUCACCACUGGGAGACCACAUUACUCUAUUGAAUGUGUUUAAAGCUUUCUGCAAAGCUCCUUUGAAAAAGCAAUGGUGUAAAGAAAAUUAUUUAAAUCACAAGAACUUGACGUAUGCGAGUGAGGUUCGACAACAGUUGCUCGCGAUCUGCUUGAAAUUAAAUAUGACUGUCACCAGCUGUGGACAGGCGUAUGAACAGGUACUUAAAUGUUUACUGUGCGGUUUGUUCACGAACUGCGCGUGGCAGCGCGGCGGCGCGGGCCUGGCGCGGUCGGCGGGGCGCUACGUGACGGCGGGCGGCGCGGCGGCGGCGCUGCACCCCGCGUCGGCGCUGCAGGCGCUGCGCCCGCCGCCGCCCGCGCUGCUCUACACCGAGCUGCUGGCCACGGGCCGCACCUACAUGCUCACGGUGUCGGCCAUACAGCCGCAGUGGCUGCACCAGGUCGCGCCCGAGUACGCGCGCCGCUGCCGCGCCAACCGGUGACGACGACUUCGCCUGAACAUUACGCUAAUACUUUGUUCUUUAAUUUGUUGCAAUGUGAUUCUUACGUCAAACUCCAUCGCUAUCACUACACCGAGCUGUCUACCGUUUUCAGCAAUAAAGAAUACCACGUGAUAAAGAUUGUAUAUUCUUGAUUGACUUAACCAUCCAAAAUUUUAUAUCGUUGGGACGAGAGGAAAGAGUUUAGUAAAAAACGCAAGUUUGUCAUUGAUUUUUGAAUAAAUUGUUUUUAUGUAAGAGUAACAUUGUCGUUUUUUCAAAUGGUACAACAAUGCAUUUUUAUUGAUAUGUUAUUGUUUAAAAAGUUACAUUUAUUAUUUUAUGUGUGUGAUAUAAAAAUAAGUUUAUAGGUUUAUUAUGAUUUGUUUUAAGAUACAGUUUGUUACUUAAUACUACACUGCUUUAACCUGCCUACUAAACUGUUUACUGCCAUUAAAGUAUUGAUUUAUGUUCUGUGUCUCAUAUGUCUGUGAUUAGUUUGAACAAUAUUUUGACCGCCACUCGUUUAUACAGGACAAAUUUAAAUGUUUUAAUAUUAAACAUAAAUAACGAUACUUAACGGACAAUUUGUUAUGGACCGUGACUUCUAAUUUAUAUGAAGUGCAGAAUGCAGCUACAUUAGUAAAAUUAGGUGAAAAGAAAGAAGGAAGGAAGGAAGAUAACUUUCGACCACACAUGAAUUUGGCACUUUUACGACAGAAGCACGUACCUUUUUUGACGCGGUGGUCAAAAGGCUUGGAAUGCAAAAAUAGUACAAUACUUAGUACACCUGGUUUCUUACCAGGUCUACAUUUCCGAAUGAUUUAUAUAACAUGAAUUUGAUAUAUGUUAUUCAUAAAUGUGUAAACAUUUUAAAUGUAGUUGUAAUGCAUAAUUAUUAGGAUACCGCCUGGUGCUAAAUACGAGGUUUAUAUUUAAGUUUAAAUCUUGAUGUUAAAUGUUAUUAAGUGUAAAUAAUUGUAACAUACCGAAUAAACUUAUUUGAUUUUAAA